GAUCCAAUUAUCGCUUUUGACAAGGACGUUAUAAUGAUAUUAAGACUAUUUACUAUAAUUACUGUUUUGUUUUGUGAGAAUGAAGCCGCGAAGAUAUUAGCCGUUUUCCCCAUGCCUUCAAUCAGUCAUCAAGUCACCUUCAGGCCGCUGACGCAUGAGUUAGCGAGGCGAGGACACGAAGUGACAGUCAUCACGACCGACCCUGCCUUCCCUAAAGGAGAAGCACCGAAGAAUAUAAGAGAAAUUGACGUCUCCGAUGCAUACAAUGUAUGGAGUAAGUGUAUCGGAUCUUUCUCGACUGGAAACAUAAUUGAUCAGAGAAAAAUGUCUCUUGAAUUGUUCUCAAGUAUUUUUGAAUUGGAACUACAAAAUCCAGAAGUUCAAGACCUGAUCAAGAACAGAAAUGAGAUGUUUGAUUUAUUGAUAUUGGAACUAUGUGUGCCAACAGCUCUUGGUUUUUCCCAUAUAUUUAAAGCGCCAGUGAUCUUGACUAGUUCCUUCGGUGGUAUACCUCAAGUCUUUGAUUCAGUAGGAGCUCCCUCACAUCCAAUUAUAUAUUCGACGACAAGUACAUUUAAAAUUAACAACAAGACUAUACUUGAUAAGUUUAUUGAUUUAUUGACUUAUUUAUAUACGUAUUACAUGAUUUGGAAUUUGGAAUUGUCCAGUACUGAUAUGUUGAAGAAACAUUUUGGAGAAGAUUGUCCGAAGUUGUCAGAGUUAUCCAAAAAUAUAGAUAUGAUAUUUUUGAACAUACAUCCUAUUUGGGAAGACAACCGUCCGGUUCCCCCUAAUGUAAUAUACAUGGGUGGGAUCCAUCAAAAGCCUCCAAAGGAAUUGUCUAUGGAUCUCAAAAAUUACCUCGAUUCUUCAAAACAUGGCGUCAUCUUCUUCAGCUUAGGCACAAAUGUAAUAUCUUCAAGUCUACCACCAGAGAAGCUUAAGACCAUAAUAAAGGUAUUCUCCGAAUUGCCUUACGAUAUCCUGUGGAAGUGGGAUGGAGAUGAGAUGCUUGACAAACCUAAAAACGUGAGAACAGAAAAAUGGCUGCCGCAACCUGAUUUGCUAAGACAUCCAAACAUAAAACUCUUCAUAACUCAAGGAGGUAUCCAAUCAACUGACGAAGCGAUCACAGCCGGAGUUCCAUUGCUCGGGAUACCGAUGUUGGCAGACCAGUGGUUCAACGUGGAGCGAUAUGUCCAACUCAAAAUAGGCGUGAGACUGGAUUUAAAGGAUAUUACCCAAGAUACUUUAAAAAAUGCUAUUAAUACAGUGAUAGAGGAUACAAGUUACCGUCGUAAUAUAGAGGAACUCCGUGAUGUAGUGCUCGAUCAACCCCAACGACCCGCGGAACGAGUUGUGUGGUGGACAGAGCAUGUACUACGGCAUGGCGGGGCGCUGCACCUCAGGUCCCCGGCCGCCAACAUGUCCUGGGUGGAGUACUACGAGAUACAGCUGCUCUUACUACUGCUCGCUGGCUUAUUAACAACUGUAUCAUUAGUGAUGUUCAUUUUGCGUAAAUGUAUUAGAAUAUUUAAGAGAUCAAUGAAAAUUAAAAGUUCAUGCACAAUAAACAAAAUUAUCACUAUGCAAUUGCAGUAUAUGCGAUUACGCGAGAAAGUGACGUCGUCCAAAAUGUUAUUUUCCAUAAUUAUAUUUACUACAUUAAUUUUUGAACACGAAGCUGCUAAGAUUUUGGCUGUGAUACCAACGGCUUCGAUCAGUCAUCAAGUUCCAUUCAGACCUCUGACUCAAGAGUUGGCAAGGCGAGGGCACGAAGUCACAGUGAUAACGACAGACCCAGCAUUCCCAAAAGGUAAAGCUCCUAAAAAUCUUAGAGAGAUUGACGUCCAUGAUGUAGCAUACGAAUUUUGGAACAAAAAAAUUGCUGAAUUUGCUACUGGACAUAAAGAAGACAAUUCCGUACUACUGAAUACCGCUUUGGAUCUUUUUUCUAACGUCUUCGGAGAAGAACUCGCUUCACCCCAAGUUCAAGAACUGAUAAAGAAUAAAAAUGAAACAUUUGAUUUGGUCUUUGCGGAACUUUGUGUCCCCUCGGCGAUGGUUUUCGGGCAUUUCUACAAAGCUCCAGUGAUCGUAGUUAACUCCCUUGGAUCUAUGGGAGUGAUUAAUGAACGACUUGGAUCACCAAAUCAUCCUCUCGUGUAUUCCUUUAUGAUAAGUAGUAAUACUCCAAGCGAACUGUCGAUGUGGAAAAAAAUCAAUGAGAUCUAUGAUUAUUUUAACUACAUAGACGUGAAUUAUAAACACGAAGAAUUCGAUCAUAAAAUGUUAAAAAAAUAUUUUGGCGAGGAUAUACCAACGCUGUCGGAAAUGAGCAAAAAUAUACACAUGGUGUUUUUAAAUGUACAUCAAAUUUGGGAAAACAACCGCCCGGUGCCGCCCAAUGUUAUUUACAUGGGAGGUACGCACCAGAAACCUGAAAAGGAACUGCCUAAGGAUCUAAAAACUUACCUAGACUCAUCGGAACAUGGCGUAAUUUACUUCAGUUUGGGUACAAACAAUGUGCCAUCCGAAUUAUUAUCAGAGAAAAUUCAAGUCAUCGUGAAUGUCUUCUCGAAGCUUCCGUAUGACAUCUUAUGGAAAUAUGACAAGGAAUUGCUAAACAAACCGGCCAACGUCAGAUUAGAGAAGUGGUUACCACAAUCUGAUUUAUUGAGGCAUCCAAAAAUCAAACUAUUUAUAACGCAAGGAGGACUCCAAUCGACCAGUGAAGCCAUCACAGCUGCAGUUCCAUUAGUCGGUAUUCCAAUAAUGGCCGACCAGUGGUACAAUGUCGCGCGAUACGUUCAACAUAAAAUAGGCGUUAAAGUUGAUUUCGGAACGUUUUCAGAGGACACAUUUAUGAACGCGAUAAAAGCAGUUAUAAAUGACGAAAGCUAUCGUCGUAACAUUCAUAAACUUCGUGAUGUGAUGCAAGAUCAGCCUCAAGGUUCCUUGGAGCGAGCUGUGUGGUGGACAGAGCAUGUACUGCGGCACGGAGGGGCGGAGCAUCUCAGGUCCCCGGCCGCCAACAUGUCCUGGACGCAGUACUACGAGAUACAGCUGCUCUUACUACUGCUCGCUGGCUUAUUAACAGCCGUUUCGUUAGUUGUUUUUAUGGUGUAUACUUUGUUGAGAUGCGUUUGUCGGAGUUUUAUGACCCCUGUUAAGAUUAAGAGAUCGUGAUAAUUUUUAUAUAUUUAUAUAUUAUAUUUAGUUUACUUUUCAUUCAGACUCAGUUACCAAAUAUUUUUCAUCUGCCGGUAUCUUAUACCAUUGGUGUCAGCGUUUCAUUGUCAUCAUUAGCCACAUGAAGUCUACUAUUAAAUAAAGGCCCCUACUAAAGAUUUCCAGACAGACUUAUCAAAUACUUUCUUUAAUUUUUAAUCACUUUGCUGGAUUUUUGCUUUAAAUUUUGGAUCCAGUCUACUAUUGAACGGAGGCCACUCUUAAAGAUUUCUAGGCGGACUUAUCAAAUAUUUUCGGUUUUCAUAAUUUUUAAUCAAUUAUAGCAUAAUUUUUGCUUUUAAUUUAGAAUCCAAGUAUUUGCUUAUCUUAAACAAUUAUAUUUCAAAAAAUAUUUAUAAAUGUAUUGCCUAAUAAAUCAUAUGAAAAAAGUGUUCAGUCCGCAUGUAUACAUAUCCUUAACAUAUCAUAGUGUGAAAAAGGUGAUGCAUUCAAUCCAGUACGAAUAAAAACAGACAUUGGGGCUCGCCUGCAAGGUAGACAGACGGUUUGAUUAAGGUUACUAACAGACUGGAUGCAGAGCACUAUUGACAAAUCUUUUUUUUUAUUAUUUAUAGGUUUUGUAGGCAAACGAGCAAGCGAUCCGCCUGUUGGUAAGCAGCAUACGUCGCCCAUGGACUUUGCAAUGUCAAUGCUUUCUGUCUCGAUAUUUUGAAGAAAGGCAUAUGUUCAGCAGUGGACUGCAUGUGGCUGAUAAUGAUAUUGAUAAGUAACCGGGCAUUUGUCAUUUACGCGUCGCGUAUGCAAACAUCAUACGACAAUUUCGAAUCUCCAGUUUGCAUGAUCUAAUGGUAUACAUAUCUCUUUAUUCAUAUAAAACAUAGAUAUUAAAGCUUAUUUUAAACAAUAAAGUAAACAGUCAGGGGGUCCUAUUCCGUCUACGAGGGUAUAUCCGUCUUUUUGCAAUUAUGGGCAUUCUAAUAGAAGGACUGCUUUGAUGGCCGUAUAGGUAGAUAAGGGAUUUUUUUACUCUUACCUAUUUUUGGCUUCCGAAAUGGACCUUUUAUUAGAAUCCGUAAUUACAAAAAGAUAAAUUCGCCCUUAUAGACGGGAUAGAGUCUCCUGAACUUGCAGUGAACAUUUUAUUCGCAUCAGUUAUGAAUCACGAGCAAUGAUCAGAAGGUAAAUAAAAAGGCUAUUGGCAUAACAUAAACAAAUAGUAAUAGAAUCUAACAGUAUUUUUAUUUGAUUAAAUUUUAAGUAAGCUGUC